UCGAAAAUUGGUCUGCUACUAGCAGAAAAACAACAUGCCAGUCAUAAAACUUCAUACGGUGCCAGUUCGUCCAUAAAAGGGGAAUUAUGUGCUUUCUUCUUUAGAAAAUGAUCUCAUUAUUUGCCAUAUUCAUAUAAACAUAAAGAGAAAUGAUAUGACGAGUUUUCCCGUUUGAAAAGUUUUCUUUGAUAUCAACUCUUUCAGAUCAUCUUUUUUCAUCAAGAAAAUUAGUCCGCCGCUGUAGAAAAGAAAAUGAAAUACCAUUCGCAAUACAUCAUAUCACGCCAUAAAAGGGCAAAACGACACCUUAUUUCUUAGACUAAUCGCUACAGGAUUACUAAUAUUCAUACCUAUUUAACUGUAAAAGUAUAGAAUGUGUACACCAACCUGUCAGUAGAGUAAACAUGUAUGAACAAGCGGAGCCGGUCCGGUCCUCUCUCUCGGGGCCCGGCAGAGGCCAAACCAGCCGGCAGGAACCUACCGUACACCUGAGUACUUCAACAGGACGUGUUCGCUACGGCAAGGCCGCUUCUGACAAGCAAGAAGACGGUAUAGAAACGUCGUCAGACGCGUACGAAGAAGCCGAGGCGGUGAAACGUCACGCAACGUACACGUCUGCAGACCGCGCGUAUCAGAGUGAAGCAAGCGGUCGCCGUGCUCGAAGUUUCAUCCGCUCCCACCGCAGCUGCUUGGCCGCCGCCACCGCUGUGGUGCUGAGUCUGAUCGCUGUGGGACUCGCCUUGGCUUGCUUCAUCAAUGAAGAGGUAAGCACAGUCCAAGAAGAGAUUCAGGAGCUCCAGACCGAGAUGACGGCUAAAGACCAGAAGGCCCAGGAUGAAAUACAACAGCUCCAGAGCGUUGUGGCAACGAUGACAGCUAAAGACACCGAGAUGACGGCUAAAGACCAGAAGGUCCAGGAUGAAAUACAACAGCUCCAGAGCGUUGUGGCAACGAUGACGGCUAAAGACACCGAGAUGACGGCUAAAGACCAGAAGGCCCAGGAUGAAAUACAGCAGCUCCAGAGCGUUGUAGCUACGAUGACGGCUAAAGACCAAAAGGUCCAGGAUGAAAUACAACAGCUCCAGAGCGUUGUGGCUACGAUGACAGCUAAAGACACCGAGAUGACGGCUAAAGACCAGAAGGUCCAGGAUGAAAUACAGCAGCUCCAAAGCGUUGUGGCUACGAUGACAGCUAAAGACACCGAGAUGACGGCUAAAGACCAGAAGGCCCAGGAUAAAAUACAACAGCUCCAGAGCGUUGUGGCUACGAUGACGGCUAAAGACACCGAGAUGAUAGCUAAAGACCAGAAGGUCCAGGAUGAAAUACAACAGCUCCAGAGCGUUGUGGCUACGAUGACGGCUAAAGACCAGAAGAUCCAGGCCUUGGAACAGCGACCGUACAUCGAACGCUGCGAGUCUGGUAGGCUGGAAAUUCCAUGGACCUCUUUAAGGGACGGUUAUGGAAAUCGCUACCGUGACCUGACCGCCACGUUCACCACGCCUUUCCGGAAAACCCCCGUGGUGACUUUUGGCUUCGUCAAGCUGGACGAUGAGAGGGGUAAAAAUCUCCGAGUCACAGCCGAAGUGACGUCAAAAUCAAUGACACGUCUGACUGUGCGAAUCCUCACAUGGGAUGAUUCUCGGCUGCACGGGGCUGCUGUCCACUGGAUGGCAUGUGCAUGAGGUGUAACCUGUCUACUUUUUGGCAGAAAAAUGUCAAAUGUUUCAGCU